UUUGAGCACUAUUAUUUGCAUUUUUUUUAACGUGAAUUUCUUUUUUCCCACCCAUUUCUCACAGCUCAUCCCAACUUCUUCACUCUCUCUCUCUCUCUCUAACAUCACAUUGAUUCAAUGACCGCAUGCAAUUCACUGAGCACUCUCGAUGUUUUACCGGCAAGAACCUUCCACCCAACGCCGAGGUCAAGUUUCUCUCCUCAAGAAGCCCUCAUAUUCCUCCAAAAAUGCGUCAAUUUCAAACAGAUUAAGCAAAUCCACGCCAAAAUCAUCCACAACACCCUCCACCACGAUCAAGUAAUCGUCGCCAGAUUGAUUCGCCUCUGCUCUUCCUACCGGGAGCUCGAUUACGCCGCCCUAGUGUUCCAACACGCCGACAAUCCUUCCACCUUCGUUUGGAAUCUGCUCAUCAGAACGCACACCGUAAACGAUUGCCCCCAUCGAGCUAUCCAAUUCUACAAUCUUAUGAUUUUCCGAGGUGUCAGUGCGGAUAAAUUCACGUUCCCGUUCGUUAUGAAAGCUUGCCUCGCGAUUUCUAGCGUUGAGAAGGCGAGGGAGGUUUAUGGGGCUGCUGUUAAAUCUGGAUUUCACGGAGAUGUGUAUUUGGAUAACGUUUUGAUAGAUUUGUAUAUGAAAUGUGGGGCUAUAGAUGACGCGCUGAAGGUGUUCCACAAAAUGCGGCACAAAAGCGUCGUUUCUUGGACAACUGUGCUCGCGGGGCUUGUUUUGAACGGAAGAAUGGAUAUCGCGCAGAAAGUGUUCGACAGAAUGCCGACGAGAAACGUGGUUUCUUGGACGGCGAUGAUCAACGGCUACGUUAAGAGCGGCAAGCCGGAGACGGCGUUCGAGCUCUGCACGGCGAUGCGGCGCGCCAACGUGAGCCCGAACGAGUACACCUUGGUCGCGCUCCUGACGGCCUCGGCCGAGCUGGAGAGCCUCGAGCUCGGCCGCUGGGUGCACCAGUUCGCGAUCAAGAACGGGUUCGAGAUCGGGGCGUUCCUCGGGACGUCCCUCAUCGACAUGUACAGCAAAUGCGGCAGCUUGGAGUGCGCCAAGCGCGUGUUCGCGGAGAUGGAGAGCAAGAGCGUGGCCACGUGGAACGCGAUGAUCACGAGCCUAGGCGUGCACGGGCGGGGCGAGGAGGCGAUCGCCGUGUUCGAGGAAAUGGAGAGAAGGGAUGUACAGCCGGACGCCAUAACGUUUGCUGGGGUUCUAAGCGCCUGUAUGCAGAUAGGCGAAAUCGACAAGGGCCGUAGGUACUUAUACUACAUGGUCCAACGCUACGGUAUCGAGCCGAGCUUCGAGCAUUAUGUUUGCCUCUUUGAGAUGUAUUUGGCAAAGCUGCUUGAUCUAGAGUCAUCAGAUCGCCCUAGUUCAUGACUCGGACCAACAUACCAAAAUGCGCGAGUACAUACGACUAUUAAUCCGAGGAAUCGCUAUGAACAACGAGGCCAAGGUUGAGGAAAAUACCUUGGCGUCGUGUCUUUGUUCGCUGCAGUUCAUCGCAGACUGACAAAAACGAGCAGCAGCAGCAGCAGCUUCGGGUAACUACGCCCCAUUGCUGAACAAGAUCAUUGCUUCAAGAAAGCGUCGAGAAAGACUUCAACAAGAGAAGAAGUGAGGAAAUAAUCUCAGCUUUUGUAUUAUAUUCUGGUGAGUAAAUAUACACUUUUUUUGAAGUUGACAGUUGACUAUACAUACAAAAUCUACAUUCUUUAUGAA